AUGAGGAACCCGGCUAAAACGUUCAGUUCAUGGCAUGCCGUUUAUGGACCGAUCUACACGGUCUGGCUACCACAUCCAAUGAUAGUCAUGGCAAGCCACGAAGUGCUUAAAGAGGCUCUCAUACGUCAGGGACCUGUCUUCGCGGGUCGCCCAUCCGGAUAUAUAUGGUCGAUGUUCACAAAAAACCAUGAACACGGUGAUGGCAUCAUUCUUUGCGAAGGUGAACGAUGGGAGCAAAUUCGCGAGUUUGCUCACAAAAUAUUCAGGAACUUCGGUCUUGGUCGGACACAAAUGGAGGAGAAAAUCGUUCACAAUAUCAAUUACAUGAUUGCACACAUCGAUGCAAAAUUGCAGGGAAAUAAGCAAGUCCCGCUCGACCUCGACGAACCCAUCUCUCUCUGCGUAGCUAACAUUAUUCAGGAGUUCGUAUUGGGCAAGUCUUAUGAGUUUGGUGAUCCACAAUUUCGCAAGUUCAAGAAUCUUAUCGAUGCUGUGUUAGCCGACGUGGCGUCGAAACCAGUUCAACUUGUGAACGCAUACCCGAUCCUUGCUUAUCUGCCAAUUCCAGCCCUCAGGCGAUACAAAGAGAAACGAUAUUUUCUUAAUGUGAUACGUGAGCAUAAAGAACGACUGCAGAUGGAUGGAGAACCACGUGACUUCAUGGAAGCAUAUCUAAGAGAAAUGGCGAUUCAACGGGAUAAUCCGCAUUUCAACGAUUUUACUCUGGCUCUGGCGUCCGGCGACCUGUGGACAGGUGGAAUGGAGACGACAGUGACCACCUUAAGAUGGGGCUUCGCUUAUCUACUCUAUCACCCAAGCGUUCAGAAGAAAUGUUACGACGAAAUCUAUCAGGUGUUUGGAAACGAGCAGCCAUGUUAUGCGCGCCGCAAGCAACUCCCUUAUGUGGAAGCAACUAUUACCGAACUGCAACGUAUCACAAAUGUUCUGCCAUGGGCUAUUCCUCAC